CUGCCAAUAUGGCCGUGGCUGCAGGCGCAGCUGUAAAUAGGCACCGCUCGGCAGGCAGGAUGGAGGGCAUCAGCAGGCAGAGUCGUGUGGGUGCAGGAGGGGCGGUGAAGGUUCUGGAGUGCGGUGUCUGUGAAGAUGUCUUUACAUUACAAGGGGACAAAGUACCGCGCUUACUGCUUUGUGGCCACACAGUCUGCCAUGACUGCCUGACCCGCCUUCCUCUACAUGGCAGAGCAAUACGUUGUCCAUUCGACCGGCAAGUUACUGAACUAGGAGACUCUGGUGUUUGGGGACUAAAGAAAAAUUUUGCUCUACUGGAACUGCUUGAACGUCUGCAGAAUGGAGCAAGUGGUCAGAGUGGAUCCUCAGAAGAGUCUGUAGGAGGCUAUGGAGAGAGUAUUGUACGCUGUGAUGAAGAUGAAGCCCAUGUGGCAUCAGUAUACUGCACUGUGUGCGCCACCCAUCUGUGUGCCGACUGCUCUUUGCACACCCACUCCACAAAGACACUAGCCAAACACAGACGUGUGCCCUUAGCUGACAAACCUUAUGAAAAGACCCUUUGCACCCAACAUCAAGUUCACGCCAUAGAGUUUGUGUGCUUAGAAGAUGACUGCCAGCCUAGCCCAUUGAUGUGCUGUGUCUGCAAAGAGUAUGGAAAACAUCAGGGUCACAAGCAUGCUGUUCUGGAAACUGAAGCCAGCCAGAUUCGUGCCUCCAUAUUGGAUAUGGCGCACUGUAUAAGAAGCUUCACAGAAGAGAUCUCUGAGUAUUCCAGAAAGCUCACCGGCAUUGUCCAACAGAUUGAAGGUGGAGAGCAGAUUGUGGAAGAUGGCAUUGGGAUGGCGCAUACUGAACAUGUCCCUGGGACAGCAGAGAAUGCCCGCUCUUGUGUCAGAGCAUAUUUUUCAGAUCUGCACGAAACACUCUGCCGCCAAGAAGAAAUGGCGCUUAGCGUAGUUGAUGCUCAUGUGAGAGAACAGCUGAUCUGGCUUCGACAGCAACAAGAGAACAUGACCAUCUUGUUAUCAGAGGUGUCCACCGCUUGUCUACACUGUGAGAAGGCCUUGCAGCAGGAUGACUGCCGAGUGGUUCUGGCCAAGCUAGAGAUCACAAGACUACUAGAGACUCUUCAGAAACAGCAGCAACAAUUCACAGAGUUGGCUGAUCACAUCCAGCUAGAUGCCAGUAUCCCUGUUACAUUUACAAAGGACAAUAGAGUUCAUAUUGGUCCUAAAAUGGAAAUCCGUGUUGUAACAUUAGGUUUGGACGGUGCAGGGAAAACAACAAUCCUAUUUAAACUGAAACAGGAUGAAUUCAUGCAACCAAUCCCUACAAUCGGUUUUAAUGUUGAAACAGUGGAAUAUAAAAACUUAAAGUUUACAAUUUGGGAUGUUGGAGGCAAACACAAGCUGAGGCCCCUAUGGAAACAUUAUUACCUUAACACACAAGCUGUAGUAUUUGUAAUAGAUAGCAGUCACCGAGAUCGGGUCACUGAGGCGCAUAGUGAACUUGCAAAGCUACUCACCGAAAAGGAAUUGCGUGAUGCCCUGCUCUUAAUAUUCGCCAAUAAACAGGACGUUUCAGGCGCCCUAUCUGUAGAAGAAAUGACUGAGCUCUUGAGCCUUCACAAACUGUGCUGUGGCCGCAGCUGGUAUAUCCAGAGCUGUGAUGCCAGGAGUGGCAUGGGGCUAUACGAUGGCCUCGACUGGUUAUCCAGGCAGCUGGUAGCCGCGGGUGUACUGGAUGUUGCUUAAAUUUGAGCAAGCGGUACUUUAAUUUAGUGAAUAUCUGUUAUAUCAGUAACUCGCUUCGUACAGAAUGUAGUGCUGUUUCAGCAUACAUUAUGGCUAAUAUCAUAUGGGCUUCUUAUGUGUCUGUGUAUUUCAAGUAAUGUGAAAGUCUACGACUAUCCAUUAAUGCAUGUGAUUAACUCAUAGAAGAUCAAUGCUCAGCAGGCACACUUGCCUAUAUAUAAUAAGGAACAUUAUGGGGAGUAUGUGCCCGGUAGGUCAUAUUAAGAAUGCUGCAGGCAGUGUUCAUUGGACAGCACUACAGAUGUUACAUGUGAAGGAGUCAUCCUAAUGUUAAAGGGGCUGUCUGGUCUUUGGUUUUUUUUGUUUUGUUUGUUUUUUACUUAUUCUUCGUGCAUUCUAAUGUGUGUUUGUGUGUAUGUUAGAGAGAUAUAUCUCUCUAUCUGAAAAACACACACGCACAUGUAAAUGUUGGCACCCCAGAAAUAUUUUUAGAAAAUGAAGUAUUUCUCACAGAAAAGGAUUGCAGUAACACAUGUUUUGCUAUAAACGUGUUUAUUCCCAUGUGUAUUGCAUGUGAUGCUCCUUUUAAACUCAACUGGGGCAAGUAACAGGUCUGGGCAAUAUAAAAAUCACACCUAAAAACAGAUAGAAAGGAGAAAAGUUCACUUAGUCUCUGCAUUGUGUGUCUGUGUGUGCCACACUAAGCAUGGACAACAUAAAGGGAAGAAGAGAACAGUCUGAGGACUUGAGAACCAAAAUUGUGAAAAAAAUAUAAACCAUCUCAAGUUUACAAGUCCAUCUUCAGAGAUCUAGAUUUGCCUAUGUGCACAGUGCCCAACACAAACAAGUUCCAAAGAUAUUCAAGCUGUCCUGCAGGCUCAGGGAGCAUCAGUGUCAGUGCAAACUAUCCGUCGACAUUUAAAUGAAAUGUAACGCUAUGGCAGGAGACCCAGGAGGACCCCACUGCUGACGGACAUAAAAAAGCAAGACUACAUUUUGCCAAAAUAAACUUGAGUAAGCCAAAAUCCUUCUGGGAAAAAGUCUUGUGGACAGAUGAGACCAAGACAGAGCUUUUUGGUAAAGCACAUCAUUCUACUGUAUACAAAAAAAAAAAGGAAUGAGGCCUACAAAGAAAAGAACACAGUACCUACAGUGAAAUAUGGUGGAGGUUCAAUUAUGUUUUUAGGUUGUUUUGCCACAUCUGGAACUGGGUGCAAGGCAUCAUGAAAUCUGAGGAUUACCAACGGAUUUUGGGUUGCACAGUACAGCCCAGUGUCAGAAAGCUGGGUUUGCAUCCGAGAUCUUGGGUCUUCCAGCAGGACAAUGGGUGAGAUUCAUCAAAGCCAGUGUAGAGGAAGAGUGGUGCAGUUACUCAUAGCAACCAAGCAGAUUGCUUCUUUCAUUUUUCAAAGGCCUUGUUAAAAAUGAAAGAAGCAAUCUGGUUGCCAUGGGCAACUGCACUACUCUUCCUCUACACUGGUUUUGAUGAAUCUCCCCCAAUGUCCCCAAACAUAUGUCAAAAAGCACCCAGCAAUGGAUGGCAACAAAGCGCUGGAGAGUUCUGAAGUGGCAGCAAUGAGUCCAGAUCUAAAUCCCAUUGAACACCUGUGGCGAGAUCUUAAAAUUGCUGUUGGGAAAAGGCACCCUUCCAAUAAGAGAGACCUGGAGCAGUUUGCAAAGGAAGAGUGGUCCAACAUUCCGGCUGAGAGGUGUAAGAAGCUUAUUGAUGGUUAUAGGAAGUGACUGAUUUCAUUUAUUUUUUCCAAAGGGUGUGUAACCAAAUAUUAACUCCUUAACGACUCAGGACGUAUAUCUGUCCUGCGCCGGCUCCCGUGAUAUAUAACUCGAUGACCCCGCGUCAUAUCGGGUCGGUCCCGGUGGCCAUCAAUGGCCGGGACCCGCAGCUAAUACCAGAACUCGACGAUCGUGGUGAUGCCCAGUAUUAACCCUUCAGACACGGCGGUCAAAUUUGACCGCCGCGUCUGAAGUGAAACCGAAAGCAUCCCGGCAGCUCUGUUGGGCUGUUCGUGACCGCCGCGGUGAAAUCGUGGCUUCCUCAACAGCUUGCAGGACACUUGGAGGAUCCCUACCUGCCUCCUACAUGUCCGAUCGCCGAAUGACUGCUCUGUGCCUGAGAUCCAGGCAGGAGCAGUCGAGCGGCGAUAACACUGAUCAAUGCCAUGUUAAUGCAUGGCAGCAAUCAGUGUAGGAAAUCGGUGUGUGUGUUCAAUGUUAUAGUCCCCUAUGGGGGCUAUAACAUUGAAAAAAAGUGUUAACAAAUAUGAUUUAACCCCUUCCCUAAUAAGUCAGAAUCCAACCCCCUUUUCCCGUAAUAAAAAAAACUAUGUUAAUAAAAAUAAAUAUAAACAUAUGUGGUAUCGUCACGUGCGUAAAUGUACAAACAAAAAUAUAUAGUUAAUCCGCACGGUCAAUGGCAUACACAUAAAAAAAAGUCCAAAAUAGCGUAGUUUUGGUUAAUUUAUUAUACCAUUAAAAAAAAUGAAUAAAAAGCGAUCAAAGUCAAAACAAAAAAUGGUACCAAAAAAAAACUGAUCACGGCGCAAAAAGCUCUAAUACAUCCCCAUAUGCAGAAAAAUAAAAAAGUUGUUAGGGGUCAGAAGAGGACAUUUUUAAACUAAUACAUUUUUCUGCAUGUAGUUAUAAUUUUUUUUAAGAAGUACGACAAAAUCAAACCUAUAUAAGUAGGGUAUCAUUUUAAUCGUAUGAACCUACAGAAUUAAGAGAAGGUGUGGUUUUACUGAAAAAUGUACUGCGUAGAAACGGAAGCCCCCAAAAUUACAAAAUGGUGUUUUUUUUCUUCAAUUUGGCCGCACAAUGAUUUUUUUUUUUUUCCAUUUUGCUGUGGAUUUUUGGUUAAAAUGUUGUCACUGUAAAGUAGAAUUGGUGGAGCAUAAAAUAAGCCAUAAUAGGGAUUUUAAGGUGGAAAAUUGAAAGGGUUAUGAUUUUUAAAAGGUAAGGAGGAAAAAACGAAAAUGCAAAAACUGAAAAACGCUGAGUCCUUAAGGGGUUAAGUUAUGGGUGGCAAUAAUUUUGUCCAGCCCAUUUUUGGAGUGACAUGAGUUUGGUUCCUCCCUUUUUUUUUUUUUUU